AUGCCAACAGGAAAUUUUGAUAUGGUAGGUCGUGAAAAAGAUCCCGAGUUCUCGGCUCCUAAAGGUCAGAAGCUUACUGAUUUAGACGAUGAAUCACAUCAUGCUGCUGGAAAGGAAAGUGAAGGUAAUGUGAUCGAGCAGACCCACUACAUAGUUGUUCCUUCUUACGCUUCUUGGUUUGAUUACAACGCUGUGCAUCAGAUUGAAAAGCGAGCUGUACCAGAGUUUUUCAAUGGUCGUAACAAGAGCAAAACACCCGAAGUGUAUCUUUCAUAUCGUAACUUCAUGGUUGACACUUAUCGGCUUAAUCCGUUCGAGUACCUAUCCGCCACUGCGUGCCGGAGAAAUCUUGCUGGUGAUGUUUGUUCCAUUGUGAGGGUGCACUCAUUUCUCGAGCAGUGGGGUUUGAUAAACUACCAAGUGGACUCAGAUGCUCGUCCAGCUCCAAUAGCUCCUCCACCUACAAGCCAUUUCAUGGUGCUGGCUGACACACCAACUGGUGUUCAA